UUUCGCGUGCUGAGAGGACUCACGGGCUCGGGGGUCCAGCUCUUGCAGCUUCCUCUAUACACUACUCGCACCUGUACUCGUCACCCGCCUCUCCAGCCAGUAGCAAACAUGCCCUCCCCUGCUCGCCUAUCUGCCCAUUCCACCUUCUCUGAACCGCCACCGCCCCAUGGCCCCAUCCAUGCCUCGUACCGCUUCAUCAUAGACAUUCCACCCGAACGUGGCCGUGCUGUCUUUGAGCUCUGGAGAGAUCAACAGUGGAUUCGGAUAUCCUGUCUCGACAAAUUCGGGCUUCCUACGAGACGCAUAGUCAGCAUGCUAAGACAGGGCUCCAUGAUCCGCGUUCAUGUGAUACCACUGAAUGAACAAGACCCUCAGAGCUGGCCCUCUAUUAUGUUCGAAAAGCAGCAGAACUUGACAUACCCAAAGGGCAUUACGCCAAACCAUGUGGAUGACAAAUGGGUGAAGAGAACCAUCGAAAAGAAGGAAGAACGGGACAACAAGGGAAAGCCGAAGUUCUGGGUCAAGCUGGAACAUAAGUCUUCACAUUACGUCUUGCGAUGGAAAGAGAGAUCGUGGGAGGAGCUCGCUACACAAGUCGCUCAGGACGCCGCGACUGCUCAUGCGGCACGGCUGGCCGCCACCUGCGCCAAGAGCGAGCAUCCGUAUUUCAAGAAACGCCGGCAGGAUGCGGAUCACGUGGGAGAAGUCAUUUCGUCCCAUUCGAAGGAUGAACAUCAUCACAAAGCGAGGAAAGUCAGCCCUUCUCCGCCCAAUCCCACUCGAGCGCCGGCUUCGAUGGACGAGACUAGAUCCCGGCAAGGCGCUGAGGGGUCCGCUUCUCGCGCUCAACGGGGCAGCAGGGAAGCAGGCAGGUCGCCGGUUUCUCUUAUAGAUGACACCUCCGACCCUCGCCCCUUUCGCUUCUGCGCUACUCCCAUCCGUCCUUCAGCACGCAAUCUUGUGCGAGAUCCUCCAGCUUUUCGAUCUCAUCCCUUCAAUUCCUCAAAGAUCACCAGGCCAGCGGAUCCCCGCCUUUUCCCACGGGAAAGCGCUGCUCAUGCGCCCUCCCAUCCCACUCAGUCGCCCUCGCCUUCCACAACACCCUCAAUGGACCAGUGCUUUCCCCAGCGACCUCCAUACCCUAGGACCCGUUCGCCACCUAGGGCUGAGGAGAGCUCUGGUGCGAUGACGCCAGGGAAUUAUACGUCACCCAGGACUGUGUUUACUGCUUUGCCUUCAGAUGUGAUACUGGAUACGGUAUUGACGGUGCGCAGUGGUAUGCCUUCCCCAGCAGCAACACCGCCGGCGGUUUCGAUAUCGCUUGCUCUGGCCCAACAAAAAGCUGCGGCAUCCACGCCAUCUUCGUUGGACUUGGAAAGGCAGACAUCGACUUUUGAGUCAGAACUCGCUUUCCCUGGCUCCACCACCCAGCCUUUGCCAUCUCCUGUAGAGAUGGAGACAGGUCGCAUCCCGCCGACAGGGCUGAAGCGCCGCGUAUGCUCUGAUUCUGGUACCGCUUCCACAUCCUCGUAUAUGACCUUCGCUCCAUAUCCGAAGGGGCGCCGCUGUUCAUCUUCAUCUCAGAUCCUUCCACCCGACAAUACCACUCCUUAUAUCGACUCCCCGGUGCCAUCGCAAAUUACCCGAGCCCAAUCGAGGCCGUCAAUGAUUCUCUCCUGCGGCAAAAGCCUCGACUCUCCUCUGCAUACUGGUCUCCUUCCCCCGGGAAGAAUCCUUCAACCUUCAGCGCGCGUUGUCAUGGACGAUAAUGAUGGUGGUACAAGGAUGGCGAUGAUCAGGAAACAGAUUGACAAGUGGCAGGAAGUACUCGAGGAGUUCCCGCAAACGAAGAUGGAUUGUAUGAGACAUGUGGACAGGUUGGAAAAGGAGAUGGCAGACAUGAGGGAUAGAUGUUCGGAGAUCUGAUAAAUUGGGGCAUUAUGUAGAUUCAAAAAGGCGAGCAGGACGGUCGUUCUCACGCGUCCGAUUGGCGAUGAUGACGAGAUUCACGACACGAGUAUGUAGCCUGUAUAUAUUUCCGCCGCUUACAUGCGUGUAGUAUUUUGUUGUAGAUACAUGCAGAGCUGAUUAUAGCACGACGGCAUCUUCAGCAUCCCCCAGCAGCAGGCUUAUGCAGAAG